ACAAGAAAACCCAAAACCUUCACACAACAACGCAAGAGACAAAUAAAAACAGACAAGACACUCAUUGGUUGAGCAGAACAACAAUGAACAACUACGUGACUUCAAACUACAAACUGAAGAUCUAUUUACAUCCACGGUGCCGCAAAGCACGCUGGGAACCAGGAAGUGUUACCAGCGACGCUACAAUAAUAAUAAUAUUUGGAUCGAUCUAUCACCUCUCUGCCUUUGUACUUUAAUUUAUCUUCUGUAUACCGUAAGACGAAGUGUACAUACAGGAAAAUAUAAAAUACAUGGUUAUUUUUCCCAACGUGUCCUGACGCAAACCAAAGGGGAAACGUCACGGAAGUAAAACGAGUUAAUAGUCUCGGCAUACCUUUGCCUUCUUGCACCACUCUUCUUAAACUAUGGAUUAAUUAAUUUCCUGAGCAAAAGCCACAAUUAACCCGUGUUUGACUCUCUUAAUUAAGUAACCUCCGGAUAGCGGAAACGACCGGUUCCUUGGUAACCAUGGCAACGGAAUACAGACAUUGGCGGAAGUUCGCGACGAAGAUGGUCAAAGGAAAACGGGCGCCGAGGCGGGUUUUUAUCAACGCCGUAGAUUCCUAUGCAUCAAAAAAUAUCGCCAAGUGCCUUUCCAAGCAAACGCUUCAAUCCGGUGCGGUGGCUGACAAAGAGGUUGGGAAAGUACAAAGCUAUCCGGUCGUUGGGACCCUAGCUGAGGCUUCAGAGGAGGACACGUCGUAUUUGCUGGAAGCGUACAUGCAACUGAGUCGGGACGUGAUUCUUGGAAAACUUCUGGAGUGUGACAUCGUCAUCUAUAAUAUUACCCAGCAUCCUGAGCAUGUGGACGAGGCCAGCUGGGCUGUUUCAGCCCUCCACAGUAAAAUAUCAAGUUUUACCCGACCAAAGAUGUUCAUCCUCAUCUCUACGGUGAUGACGUGGGCGUGCAGCAGGGCAGCCAAUUCGGGUGAGAUGGAGCUCCCGUUCACUGACGAUGACUUUCGAAGAAGACAAGCCCAUCCAAACUUCAAACGACACUAUGAAUUGGAGAAAUUGGUGGCCAAACUGGGCAAGACUGACAGAUCAUCGUUUUCCACGUAUGUUGUGGCGUCGGGUCUUCAGUACGGAAUGGGGGAGCAGAUCCUUCAUCUGUUUUUCAAGACGUCGUGGAUGGGACAAGACAAGGAAAUACCCGUCUUUGGAGAGGGCAACAACAUUGUUCCUACUAUUCACAUCCGUGACCUUGCAAGUGUGGUUCAGAAAGUAAUCGAGCUUCAGCCCAAACUCCAUUACGUGCUUGCUGUGGACUAUUCCAACAACACCAUGGAGGACAUCGUUAAGGCCAUUUCCGGAGCACUUGGACCAGGGAAGAUCCAGAAGAAGCCCUUUGAGGAGGUCUUCCUACAGCAGGAUUUCAGUAUCACAGAGAUUGAUUUAAUGCACGUCAACCUUUGCAUGGAAGCUGCACAUCUCAAGGAGCUGUUUUCUCUUCGCUGGUUGUGCGAGUUUGGCCUGGUGGAGAACAUAGAACACGUCGUGGAAGAGUUUCGACAGAUGAGGGGACUGGUGCCAAUUCGGGUGUGUGUCCUGGGUCCUCCUGCAGCGGGUAAGACCACGUUGUGUCAACAGAUUUGUGAUCAUUACAAGCUGCAUCACAUCCAGCUGACUGAGGCCGUCGCUGAGACAAUGGCGCAACUGGAACAUAUGGUGAGGAGCACUAUUUCGGAAACGGAGAAUGAGGAGUCCCCAUUAGCCACGGAGGCUCAGGAACUCCUGAAUAUUUUCAAGGACAAUCUGGAGCAGAAUGGAGGGAUGUUGGAUGACCAUCUGUUGGUGAGGGUGGUGGUGGAUAAACUGAUGACGAACCCCUGCAAAAACCAGGGCUUUGUUCUUGAUGGAUUUCCAAAGACAUACAACCAAGCCAAGGAGCUUUUCCACGUUGAGGAGCAGGACUACGAGGGAAAAACAUCUCCUGUUUCCUUGUACAACAAGAAGAUCAUGCCAGAGUUUAUUUUGUGCCUGGAAGCGUCGGAUGUCUUUCUGAAAGAGCGGGUGAUAAACCUCCCUGAGAAGUUGGUGCAGGAACACAAGUACGAGCACGAGAACUUUCUGCAAAUGCUAGUCAAAUACAGAGAGAAAAACACGGAAGAAGAAACGGUUGUUCACUACUUUGAAGAGCACGACAUCGCCCCUUUGAUCCUCGACGUAACCAAUGUGAAUGCACCUGACAGCCAAUUGCUGAUGCACAGCAUCUGUGAAAGAGUGGGCCCGCCCAGAAAGUACGGACUGAGCAGCCAGGACGUCGAGAAAGAGGGGAUGCAUGAAGAUACCCCCGAGGAAGCAGCAAGGGAACAGAAGGAGAUGGAGGAUGCCCUGCAGAGAUCUGCACAUUGGGAGAUGUGGACGAAGACUUUAGAGGAGAAACGUCAGUGGGAAGUACAGCAACUGGAGAUCCUGACUGCCCCCAUGAAGAACUACUUAAUGGACAUGAACAUCAUCACCACCUUGUCUCAGGGCUUGAUUGCCUGUGGCUCCGCAUGGCCAGAUGAUCCCAUAGACUUCCUGGCUGAAUAUUUGCUGCAGAACAACCCCUGACACUUUUUGUGUCCACAGAGAAGGUAGACACACUGAAAGUUCCAAAAAGACAAUGAUGACAUAAUCAGCCAAAUAAUUGGUGACUCAAUCUAUCAUGAUUACAUGAUAGAGUGAAAACAGUUCAGUGUGGAAGUGGUCAUUUUUUUUUUGCUUUUUAAGUUCAGAAGAAAUACAUUUGAGACUACCUGGUGAGCUUCCCAGCUGACAGCCGCUCCAGCAUAAUAUCUGUGUAAUGUCUUGUAAACAGUGAAUAAUAGGAUUGUAAAAGUGACCAUAGGUGUGUUAUUUCAUGUCUAUGGGCCUCUAAUAAUGUUAUAAAUUGUAUUUAGAAAAUCAUAAAGAGGUUUUCUAUGCUUUUAACUACAAAAAAAUUAAACUGAUUAAUAAAUGUACUGUAGUGGGGUGUGGAAGCAAUAAACCAAUA